GUUAUCCUUGUGGUAGAAAAAUAUUAAGGACGUUUAUUGUGAGUUAAAUAGUUUCAAAAUGACGAAACUAAUAUUAAUAUGUUUAUUAAUAUUUGGAUCAACAUACUCAUCUAAUGCCAAAGCAUUUAAAUCAAAACGUGAAGCACCCAUAAACAGUUAUUUACCACCACCCAGUGGUCCAGUGUCCGGAAGCUAUGCAGCACCACAAAGUUCUGGAGGUGGUGCUAAAACUAGUUACGAUACACCACCAACCGGAGCAAAUUCGUAUUCAGGCCAUUCUAGUGGUGGAUCAGCAAGUGCUCAGUUAGGGUUCAGUGGUACAAAUAGUUAUCAAACAGGACCCGCUCCAGUUGGUGGGGCUGGAGGCGGACAUUCAUCUGGAGGUGGUGGCUAUCCAUCGGGGGGAUCGUCAGGAGGUUACCCAUCAGGCGGUGCUUCAGGAGGAUAUCCAUCAGGUGGGUCAUCAGGUGGUUAUCCUUCAGGUGGUGCUUCUUCAGGGGGAUAUCCCUCAGGGGGUGGUUCUACGGGAGGCUAUUCGUCAAGUGGUGGUUCUUCGGGAGGAUAUCCAUCAAGUGGUGGCUCUUCGGGUGGCUACCCAUCGGGUGGGUCCUCAGGAGGAUACUCGUCAGGUGGAUCAUCAGGAGGAUAUCCAUCAGGACCUUCUGUUGGUUUUGCAUCAGGUGGAGCUUCAGCGGGAGGAUAUCCUUCAAGUGGGGCUUCUUCAGGUGGUUACUCUUCUGGUGGAUCUUCGGGAGCCAGUUCAGGUGGAUAUCCAUCAGCCGGUGGAUCAUCUGGUGGAUAUCCUGCUAGUGGUGCUUCUUCAGGUGGUUAUUCUUCAGGUGGAUCAUCGGGAGGAUAUUCGUCCGGUGCAGCUUCAGGAGGAUAUCCAUCAGGCCCCUCAUCUAGUGGUGGCUAUCCAUCAAGUAGUGGCUCUUCAGGAGGUUAUUCAUCAGGUGGCGGUUCUUCAGGAGGAUAUCCAUCAAGUGGUGGGUCUUCAGGAGGUUAUCCAUCCAGUGGGGGUUCUUCAGGUGGUUAUCCGUCAAGUGGCGGUUCUUCAGGAGGAUAUCCAUCAAGUGGUGGGUCUUCAGGAGGUUAUCCAUCCAGUGGGGGUUCUUCAGGGGGAUAUCCAUCAAGUGGUGGUUCUUCAGGAGGUUAUCCAUCAAGUGGCGGUUCUUCAGGAGGAUAUUCAUCAAGUGGUGGGUCUUCAGGGGGCUACCCAUCGGGUGGAUCGUCAGGAGGCUAUUCGUCAGGUGGAUCAUCCGGAGGAUAUCCAUCAGGUCCCUCUGUUGGUUUUGCAUCAGGUGGUUCUUCGGCGGGAGGAUAUCCUUCAAGCAGUGCUUCUUCUGGUGGUUAUUCUUCAGGUGGAUCGUCUGGAGGUUAUUCGUCAGGUGCAGCUUCAGGAGGAUAUCCAUCAGCUGGCGGAUCAUCUGGAGGAUAUCCUAGUUCAAGUUCUUCAGGUGCAUCGUCAGGAGGGUAUUCAUCAGGUGGUGGAUCCUCUGGUGGAUAUCCUUCAAGUGGCGGGGCAUCAGGUGGUUACUCUUCAGGUGGAUCUUCUGGUGGUUAUCCAUCUGGCGGAUCUUCAGGUGGUUUCUCGUCUGCUGGUGCAAGUGUCAGCUCUGGCUAUUUACCACCUUCAAGUGCCGGAGGUUCACCACCUUCUUCAAGCUAUGGAGCCCCAUCACAACAAUCUGGGGGAUUUGGUGGAGCUGCUCCUUCGUCCAGCUACGCAGCUCCUUCUCAAGGUGGUGGUGGAUCUGCUCCUUCAUCAAGUUAUGGUGCACCAUCGAAACAAUCAACUGGAGGAUUUGGUGGCUCAGCACCGUCAUCGAGCUAUGGCGCUCCCACACAAGGUGGUGGAAGUUUUGGAGGAGCCGCACCAUCUUCUAGCUAUGGAGCUCCGUCAAAACAAUCAAGUGGUGGAUUUGGUGGUUCAGCACCAUCAUCUAGCUAUGGUGCUCCCUCAGGAGGUUCAAGAGGAGGAGGAUUUGGAGCCGCAGCACCAUCUUCUAGCUAUGGUGCUCCAUCUAAACAAUCAAGUGGUAGUUUUGGCGCACCAUCAUCAAGUUACGGUGCUCCAACACAAGGUAGUGCAGGAUUUGGUGGAGCAGCACCGUCAUCAAGCUAUGGAGCUCCUUCUCAAGGCGGUGGAGGAUUUUCUGGUAGUGCUCCAUCAUCAAGUUAUGGUGCUCCUUCACAAGGUAGUGCAGGAUUUGGUGGAUCAGCACCGUCAUCAAGCUAUGGAGCUCCCUCUCAAGGCGGUGGGGGAUUUUCUGGUGGUGCUCCAUCAUCAAGUUAUGGUGCUCCCUCUCAAUCUGGAGGAGGAUUUGGUGGCUCAGCACCAUCAUCUAGUUAUGGUGCACCAUCAAAACAAUCAAGUGCAGCUGCUCCAUCGUCAAGCUAUGGUGCUCCAUCAAGACAAUCAGGUGGUGGCUUUAGUGGAUCUGCACCUUCAUCUAGUUAUGGUGCCCCUUCACGAGGUGGAGGAUUUGGUGGCUCUGCACCAUCGUCAAGCUAUGGUGCUCCCUCAAAACAAUCAAGUGGCGGAUUUGGCGGUUCCGCACCAUCAUCUAGUUAUGGAGCCCCUUCGGGAGGAUCAAGAGGUGGAGGUUCCGCUCCGUCUUCAAGUUACGGUGCGCCAUCUAAGCAAUCAAGUAGUUCGUUUGGUAGCUCUUCUCCGUCUUCAAGCUAUGGAGCUCCAUCCAGAGGUGGAGGAGGAAGAGGGGGAUCCGCACCGUCGUCAAGCUAUGGUGCCCCUUCUAAACAAUCAAGUGGUGGGUUUGGAGGUGCAGCACCUUCAUCUAGUUAUGGUACACCAUCUCAAUCUGGUGGUGGAUUUGGUGGGUCAGCGCCAUCAUCGAGCUAUGGGGCACCAGCCCAAUCUAGUGGUGGAUUUGGUGGAUCAGCACCAUCAUCCAGCUAUGGUGCACCAUCCCAAUCUAGUAGUGGAUUUGGAGGUUCGGCACCAUCAUCGAGCUAUGGUGCACCAUCUCAAUCCAGUGGUGGAUUCGGGGGAUCGGCUCCAUCAUCAAGUUAUGGCGCACCAUCUCAGGCUGGUGGUGGAUUCGGUGGCUCGGCACCAUCAUCAAGCUACGGCGCUCCAUCUCAAGGUAGCGGAGGAUUUGGUGGAGGUUCACCAUCGUCAAGUUACGGAGCUCCAUCCCAAUCAAGUGGAGGAUUUGGCGGAUCCGCACCAUCGAGUAGCUAUGGAGCGCCUUCUCAAGGUGGUGGAGGAUUUGGUGGAGCACCUUCAUCUAGUUACGGAGCACCUUCCGGUGGUGGUGGACUCGGUCCGGAAUUCAUGGGUCUUAUUAAUAGUAUUGUCAACAGUGUGGGUUCGGGACCAUCUAGUUCAUAUGGCGCACCUUCUGCUGGUGGCGGUGGUGCUCCAUCGCCCAGUUAUAGUGCGCCUAGCCAAUCUUAUGGAGCUCCUCAAUCAGUGCCAGAAACAAUACAACAAAAAUAUGACAGUAAUGGUGGUUAUGCUUACUAAAUUAUUUUAAUUAUUUAUUUAAGUUUUCCUACGAGUAUUUGUUCAUAAUUAUGACUUUGAACGUUAAUUGAAGUCUUGUAAUAUUUUUGUAAAUAUUUAAAUUAAAUUAAUGCGUACAACAAAACG